AUGGCUUAUUGCUUAUGCGACGACAAGACACUCUCAAAUUCUGGGUCCGGUGAUCAUGGCGAAAACACACUUUUUUCAGCGACCGAUCUCUUUCUGCUUUAUAAACAAUUGAUUUUACAAACUCUACAGUUAACCCGUGGCCCUGGCUUCGUUGGUCUUGUGCGUCUUCUUCGCCGCUACCUUAUUGAGUACAAUGAUCGCGUCUUGCUGGCCCAGAUUCCCGGACUGCCAGCCGGUUGUCGCAGUUCUACGGGGACUGAAGGUGCUCCCCUCACUACGUCUGGAUCUGGCGCUUCAACUGGUAUUGGCUCAGGUGCUACGGCCGCAUCUGCAGACGGGGCCACCUCUACUACUCAGUUAUCUUCUUCUUCGUCUGUGACAACUACCGGAGCCACUUGCGGUGGUUGCGUGACCACAGCGACCACAACGUCCUUAGGGGUGACAUCAAAUCCUUUCAGUUUGGCGAAUCUGGCUACUCUUGGACUCAGCAGGGAUUCCAAUUCCGAGUCAAACCUUCUAUCAGCUGUUGGUUCCCUUGCUCCGAAUCAAUUUUUUUCCACCUUUCUACAGGGCGAGCAGCAAACCGCUCGCCUAACAAAGGAUGAAGAGUACAAGGUCUGUGUGAUUCUCGUAACCUCGUCCUACUGUCUGAAGACAGCAGAGGAUCUUGAAAAACGUUUAAAGGCUGAGGUUCGACCCGACACACUGGCUAAUGAGAUUACAUUUUCUUCCGAAAUCGACGCAUUGGCUUCAUGUCGUUCAGCUUGCGUACAUCGACUUGUGGCUGGCCUCCAAGCUGGUAUUCAACCCCAACUGGUGGCCAUGACCAAGGUUUCUUGGAACAGUUUAAAUCAAGUUGGCGAUCAAAGUGCUUAUGUCACUCAGAUUAUCGCCCAUCUACGAAGUCACAUUCCAUUCUUCCGUGACAUUCUCUUCUCUGUGAGAGUACACUUUACCCAGAUCUGUACCAAGUUCGCACACGCUUUGAUCAGCCGAUUUGUAGUUUCUUUAUACCGUUGCAAGCCAGUCAACACUUUUGGAGCUGAGCAACUCCUUUUGGACACCCAAUGUCUAAAAGCGGCCCUACUCCAGUUGCCAGCUAUAGGCGUCAAGGUAAUACCAGAUUAUGCCUGUCUUACUUAUUCUAACUCUCCAUUUUAA